AUGAAUAAAUUCCUCCUAACAUUCAAAGACAGUAAAAUAGAAAAGGACUACUAGGAAAAUAAAUUAAAUACUCUGCAAAAACCUAUCUUCUAUUGGCUUCUUGUUAUGUCAUUUGCCUUAAAUCUAUUGAAAGUAAUUCUAGACUAUACCUAUUACACAGUCAAUAAUCAAAGUUGGAUGAAUGUAGGUUUUGUGAUACUAGUAAUAUUCGAACUCUUUUUAGCCUGUUAUAAAAAAUAAUACAUUAAGUAUGCAUUAAUCAUUUCGAACCUUUCAGCAGGAUUACUAUAAAUUAAUUUCGAUGAAAAUAACACUUUUCCUUAAGAAUAUUAUUCGUAUGGUAGCUAUUAUGCUAUGCUUUCAGUGGUUGUUUAUUUUAUGACUGAUUUUCCAUACAGCGUUUUCUAGGUAUUUAUCCAUUUGAGUAUGAAAAUCUUCUUUACAACAAUCAAGAGUCAUCGAAUAGAUAUGCUGGGAAUAAUUUUGGGACUGAUAACAAAUGUAUUCUUAGUAUUAACAUUGUAUAUUUGUGAUUGGAAUUCAAGAAGAUAAUUCCUUCUAAAUUUGAGAGAAGUAAGAUGGGAAGAGUCUUUACCAUUUAUAAUAAAAAAACCGUUUAAUUUAUUUACUUACAAGGACAAAAAUAUGUCUUUUUAAGUCAAUAGAGCUUACAAUCAAGAUUUCUUCCCCUAUUAUAACCAGGAUGAUUGUUGUGGUUGCAAUUUUAGACAUUUUUUAAGAAAAUGCAAAGUAGAAAAUAAUAGUUUAGAAAUUUAUUUAUUUGAUAAAAGAAAUGAAAAGUUAGAUUUCGAUUUGGGUUUGUGCAAUUGGAUUGGAUUAAAUUAAUUAUCUCAUUAUUUUAGAGAAACUCAAACUCUUAACAACAAGUUACAUUCCCAAAUAAACAAAUCUUCGUCAAAGGAUAUUUCAAAUUAAAAAGCCCCAAAUCAAGUAUCAACACUAAAAACAUUUUUUAUUGGGUGUCUUUUCGAUGUUUCUCUACAAUAACAAAGAAAUUACUUCUAUAAACUUAGUUGA